UUUCCUCUUUCAGACAGUGCACAACAACAGUUCACUAAUCUGACCCAUAGCCCUCCUGAUAGGAUUUCAAUCUUAUUUCCUGUUGACGUCAAUUGCAAUGAAUUGGGGAAAAUGAAAUGCACCUAUCUUCUAGGUAGAUUUGUUAUAGGAACUAAAAUUAAUAAAGUCUGCAGUUAAAGUUCACCGAAUGUCAUUUUUGUAAUGACUGGGGGUUUGCAGCAAGCUUCAAUCGCUCAGAUAUGAUUGUCUGCCUGAGUGAUCUCUCAUGUUAUUGAUGGAUGCUUUUUAAUCGUUGACACAAUCUUACCGCCAAGCGCCAUCGCACCAGAACGGGAGAGGGGAGGUGUGUAUGUGUGUGUGUGUGUGUGUAUGGGGGGGUUCAAUCACCAUCUGUUGAGCAGUCCGCCACCCCGUCCCAAGCCCAUUUAUCUUUGUCUCUGCUCAUCCAGGCCACUGGAAAAUGGGACACAGUCAAUAACCCUAAAUCAAUCAAGCUCUCUUGACGAGGUAAAUUUAUGAAUUCUCACCCAUGUCAGGCGAACAGUGGCAGCGGCCUCAAAAACUUCCCUCGCAUGUGACCAGAUGGUCAGACAACAAUAGGCUCUGGCAUGAAGAUGAGGUGGUCAAGCAUGACCUCUGACAUGAAGACUGCCUUUUAUUCCAUUGCUGAGCUUAAAAAUCUUGAAAAUAGAUGUGUCUGGUGAAAUUGAAUCAUAAAACUAAGAUUGUAUUCGUCCCUAGUCUUGUGCUGCACACACGAGCAUGUUGUGUGUGAAGGACGUGUUGUUGCUUGUGUCCAGCUCCACUCAGUGCUGCAGUGGAUUAGUCAGCUGCAUUUAUUUAAAGGUAGUGCAGAGAGAGUGCAGGAGCUUCAAUCAGUGUGCAAGUGUCAGAUCUUCAAGAUGCAGCGCAUCUACAUGCACAGCAAUGAACAUUUUGAAGUCUUCACCACUGUCCUUGCUCCACAAGGGAGGUAUCGAUACAGAGCAGAAGCUGAAAAGAUGGUAGUGGUGCACAGCUACAGGCCCCACUGGCCAGAUGAGCUGGAGCUGUCUCCAGGUGACGUCAUCCUGGUGCUGUCCAAACAUGAGGAGGAGAGGUGGUUUGGGCGGCUGCAGGGCGGCCAGCAGGGCUACUUCCCCGCCUCCUGUGUGAUGGAGCUGAGCCAGGUGAAUCUUCCUCCAAAAGCCCUACGAAGGAGUAGCUCAGCCAGGGACAACAAUUCAGGCGCACGCAGUAGACAAAGAGAUGGACACAUUCUGCAGGCGCUCAGGAGGGGUAGCAGAGGAGGUGGUGGAGGAGGAGGAGGAAGGGGAGGAGGAGUGAUGCUGGACCGGGGCCAAGGCGAGAGCAAGGGCCCCUUCCUGGAGUGGAGGCCCCAGAUCCCUUUGCCUCAGCCCGUGGCCUCUCAACCUCAGACACACAGAUCCCCAGGCCUGCUCCACAGGAUCUUGUCCAAGUGCCGGAAAAAGAGUGAAUGCCAGGGAGCCACCAACGGGGCCUUCGAGGGCGAAUAAGAGGCCCUCCUCUUUGUCCUGGGUGGCUGAGCCGAGUCCACUUUGGUGGGGCUGCGUUGGGGGAGUAUGUGGGUUAACGGAGGAACUUCUGAAAUAUAAAAAGACAGGUCUUGAAUAUCCUGAUGUGGGCAGGUACUCAAUGCCAUAUCAGGUAUUCUUGACUUGGCAGCAUUUCUAGAAGCAAGAGGUUGAAUUGUGAGUGUACAAACCUGACUCAGUGAUGUCACAGAAGGUGUUUUGCCCAUUAAAUCUGAUCGACUAUGCCUGAUGUGACAUCACUGAUGGGGGCGUGGCCACAAGUGAAACAUGCCUGAAAGUUUGAAUGUACAGAGAGCAGCUAAGCAGCUGCUGCUUUCUGCCUUGUUUUUCAGCACAGCAAGAUCAAAUGCCAGGCUUAUGCUUUGGAAAAUAUAUAAUUACAAUCAUUGCAAUUAUAUGUGUAACAAAGGGCAGAAACAUUGAGUUAGCGGCAAUCAAUAAGUGAUGCUUUACUGAUCAAAUGUAGCCUUUUUCUGUCUUUGAUCCUGUUACCUAAGAGAAAUGUUAUUUCCAUUGUCUGUGUGCAUUUUAUUCCAUUAUUCAUGUUUCUUAACUUCAUCUGCUCACAUGAAUCUGUUAAUAUGUAUGUAUUUGGCUGCUUAAUAUGCAAUUAUUAUUAUGAUUAUAAAACCAGUAAACCCUUA